AUGAAGGACCCAGGAAGCUUCCAAAUCCUUUGCAUUAUAGGAGAAAUCAUAGUGGAGAAAGCCUUAUGUGAUUUGGGAGCCAGCAUAAAUUUGAUGUCCUUAACAAUGAUGAAAAGAAUGAAGAUUGAGGAAGCCAAACCAACAAGAAUGGCUCUCCAAUUGGCAGACAGGUCAUUCAAAUUCCCUCAUAGAAUAGUAGAAGACUUAUUGGUGAAGGUGGGAAACUUCAUCUUCCCUGCUGACUUUGUGGUAUUGGAUAUGAAGAAAGAAGCCAAAGCUUCAAUAAUUUUGGGAAGGUCAUUUUUAGCCACUAUUGGGAACAUCAUUGAUGUCCAAAAGAGUGAACUUACCCUUAGGUUACAUGAUGAAAAAAUGGUGUUUAAUGUGUUCAAGGCCAUGAGCUACCCACAGGAGUCAUUAGAAGAAUGUAUGAGGUUGGAUGUAGGGGAAAUUGUGGUGCAAGAAACAUUUGAAGAAACACUUGAAGAAGUGACAGAAGAGGAUUCCACACUAGGCAUCGAGGUUGCUGAUAUCAAAGCUGCUAAAGUGCCCAUCCCAAGCACACUAGAGGAAAGGAAAAAGGAGAAAGAAGCACCCAAACUUGAACUGAAAGCACUACCUUCCACCCUCAAGUAUGCAUACUUGGGAAGUGAUGAAAGCUAUCCAGUAAUAAUCAAUUCUUCCCUCAGUCAAGAACAAGAAGAAGAGCUAAUCAAAGUACUGCAACAGCACCAAAAUGCCAUUGGAUGGACUCUUGCUGACUUAAAAGGGAUAAGCCCUUCCAUGUGCAUGCAUAAGAUUCUGUUGGAAGAAGAUGCAAAGCCUUCCAUCCAACCCCAAAGAAGGUUGAACCCAGCCAUGAAAGAAGUAGUGCAAAAGGAGGUUAUGAAACUGUGGCAAGAAGGGGUCAUCUACCCAAUCUCAGAUAGCCCCUGGAUUAUAGGAAGCUCAAUGAAGCCACAAGGAAGGAUCACUUCCCUCUGCCCUUCAUGGAUCAAAUUGCCUGCACCACCUUGCUCUAGUGCUAAGGAGAUGUCAAGAAACCAACCUGGUUCUAAACUGGGAAAAGUGCCAUUUCAUGGUCACUUAAAAGGUGGUUCUUGGGUACAAGAUCUCCAAAAAGGGCAUUGGGGUGGACAGGGUCAAGGUAGAGCUCCUAUCAUUACUCCACCUGAUUGGAAUUUGCCCUUUGAACCGAUGUGUGAUGCAUCAGACUUUGCAAUUGGGGCAGUGUUAGGACAGAGGAAAGAUAAUUUGGUGCAUGUCAUAUACUAUGCCAGCAAGGUCCUUAAUGACAUUCAAAAGAAUUACACCACUACUGAAAAGGAAUUGUUGGCAAGAGUGUUUGCAUUUGAUAAAUUUAAAUCAUAUCUCAUUGACUCUAAAGAGUUCAAUAUUGAGAUUAGAGAUAAGAAAGGGGAGGAGAACAAAGUAGUAGAUCAUCUUUCAAGAAUUCCUUGUGGAGAAGAAAGCACACAAAGCCCAAGUGUAAAUGAGAGUUUUCCUGAUGAGUAG